ACAGCCCCCCGCCCAUGGCGCGGUAGCGGGCGCGGGGCCCGGGGGCAGCGGCGGCGGUGGCGGCGAGCGAUGCGGGCGCCGGGACCAUGCUGAGGACCGAGGCCGGCGGGGCCGGGGGGGCCCCCUCGGCCGGGGGCGCGGCGGGGGCCGGGGGGCUGCGCAGCGCGUCCCCGCACCGGAACGCCUACGAGGCCAGCAUCCAGGCCCUGGCGCCCACAAAGGAGGCCGACGGCGAGGACGGCAAGAAGAGCCGCGGGAAGAAGUAUGGCUCCAACGUGCAUCGGAUCAAGAACAUGUUCCUGCAGAUGGGGACGGCGCCCGGCCCCGAGGGCGCCUGCGACCUGGCCAAGGCCAAGGAGAAGCCGGUGCGCCUGUCCCUGCCCCGCGCCGGCAGCCUGGGCGAUGGUGUGGACCAGGGCAGCCUCCUCAAGCUGGGCACCAGCGUCUCGGAGCGCGUCAGCCGCUUCGACUCCAAGCCCGACAAACCCUUCUCCAAGCUGCAGGAGACCCGCAAGAUCUUCGAGAGGAGCCCGCAGGAGAAGGCCACCAGCACCAAGCUGCUGCUGCGCAAGGAGCGCGCCGGCUUCCAGGACCGCAAGCUGGACGUGGUGGUGAGGUUCAACGGCAGCACCGAGUCCUUGGACAAGCUGGACGCCGACGCCGUGUCGCCCACCGUGAGCCAGCUCAGCGCCGUCUUCGAGAAGGCCGACCUGAGGAACAACCUGCACAAGGCGCAGGGCCGGGCGGCCGCGCCGCUGGGCGCCAAGGCGGUGGCCAAGAGGCCCAGGGUGUUCACGCCUGGCACGCGCGGCGAUGGCACCGGCGACGGGCACAGCACCCCGGCCCGCGCCCGGCCGCCCGAGGAGGAGAAGGCAGCGGCGAAGAGCGGGCGGCCGGCGGAGAAGGAGGCGGCCGCGCCAAGGGUGCAGGAGGUGUGCAAGAUCAAGCCCGUGGAGGUGGAGGAGAGCGGAGAGGGCGAGGAGGAGGAGGAGGAGGCGGUGGCGGGUGAAGCGGUGCCCGCGCCCCAGCCGGCCAAAGGGGAUGAAGGCCCGGCGGCGCCCCGGGCGGACGGGGGCUCGGGGGCGGCCGCGGGCGACGAGGGCGUCAAGGGCGAGCGGGCGGAGGAGGGCGAUGGCUCCGAGGAGGCCAAGAAGGAGGACUUCUCCGAGGCCGACCUGGUGGACAUAAGUGCCUACAGCGGGCUCGGGGAGGACUCGGGGGGCAGCGGGCUGGAGGAGGAGGAGGAGGCCGAAGGGCUGUACGAGCCCGAGUCGGGCUGCGUGGAGAUCCCGGGGCUGUCCGAGGAAGAGGAGCCCGUGCCCAACCGCAAGAUCCAGUUCAGCACGGCCCCCAUCCAGGUGUUCAGCACUUACUCCAACGAGGAUUACGACCGCCGCAAUGAGGACGUGGAUCCCAUGGCGGCCUCGGCCGAGUACGAGCUGGAGAAGAGGGUGGAGAGGCUCGACCUGUUCCCCGUGGAGCUGGAGAAAGACUCAGAAGGGCUCGGCAUCAGCAUCAUCGGGAUGGGCGCGGGGGCCGACAUGGGCCUGGAGAAGUUGGGAAUCUUCGUCAAGACGGUGACAGAAGGGGGGGCAGCGCACCGGGACGGCAGGAUCCAGGUGAACGACCUGAUCGUGGAGGUGGACGGCACCAGCCUGGUGGGGGUCACGCAGAGCUUCGCCGCCUCCGUGCUCAGGAACACCAAGGGCCGAGUCAGGUUCCUGAUCGGGCGGGAGAAGCCAGGGGAGCAGAGCGAGGUGGCGCAGCUGAUCCAGCAGACGCUGGAGCAGGAGCGGUGGCAGCGCGAGAUGAUGGAGCAGCGCUACACCCAGUACACUGAGGAUGACGAGGAGACUGGGGAGUACGCCACGGACGAGGAGGAGGAGAUGAGCCCCAUGUUCCCCAGCGGGGAGAUGGCCAUCGAGGUGUUCGAGCUGGCUGAGAACGAGGACGCGCUGUCCCCCGUGGAGAUGGACCCCGAGAAGCUGGUGCACAAGUUCAAGGAGCUCCAGAUCAAACACGCCGUGACUGAGGCUGAGAUCCAGCAGCUCAAGAGGAAGCUGCAGUGCCUGGAGCAGGAGAAGGCGCGCUGGAGGGCCGAGAAGGCCCAGCUGGAGCAGAGCGUGGAGGAGAACAAGGAGCGCAUGGAGAAGCUGGAGGGCUACUGGAUGGAGGCACAGAACCUGUGCCAGGCCGUGGACGAGCACCUCAAGGAGACCCAGGCCCAGUACCAGACCCUGGAGCGCAAGUACAGCAAGGCCAAGCGGCUCAUCAAGGAGUACCAGCAGAAGGAGAUCGAGUUCCUGAAGAAGGAGACGGCGCAGCGGCGGGUGCUGGAGGAGUCGGAGCUGGCGCACAAGGAGGAGAUGGAGAAGCUGCAGGAGAAGAUCUCCGAACUGGAGGCCAAGCUGCAGACUUUGAAAAAUUCCAACCCGACCUAAACCACCCUCAAAAACCGCAGCGAUCCUGGGGGGGGGCGGCCCCCUCACCCCCCCGCCCCACCCCGGCCCUGCCCCCUCCCCUUCCCAGCCCUUCCCCGGGGGGAGAAGGGGGGGGUGAGACCCCGCCAAGGCCUCCUGGUGCCCCCCACCCCCCUCAGGGGGCACAGACGGGGAGGGGUCGGGGGGGACGCCCCGCGUUCGUGUCUGUGUCCAGUGUGAGUCUCGUGGUGACGUGAUGGACCCGCGGGGGGGGGCGCGGCCCCCCCCAGGCCUCCCCCUCCCCUCGACGUGACCCUCCCCCCCGCCCCCCCGGACACAGCUGGCACCACCCCAGAUGUGAGCCAUGCUGGGGGGGACGCUGGGAGCCCCCCCAGACCCAGCUCCUUCUCUUGGGACUCACCGGAGCACGGCCGGGGGGGGAGCCUUUACCCCCCCCCACCCACCCACGGACUCACCCCCAGCCCCACAUCGAGGUGACCCCGGGACCAUCGCCAUGGGGGGGGACCCCGAAUGUCCCCCCCCCGACCCCCUCAGUGCCACCAUCGCCGGGCAGGGGGGACCCCCGAGCCUUUGCCAAGCCCGCAGGGGAUGGGGGGGCACCAGCCCCACUGCCCCCCCCCCCCCCGGGAAGGGGGCGCUGCCUGGCACCCCCCUCUGGGGACACCCCGCUGCCCCCCGACCCCGGGGCUUUCGCCUUCCCCGGGGAGGGGGGGGUCCCCUCUGGGGUGGGGGCGAUGCUCCCACCCCCUCACCUGUAAAUAACCCCCCCCCCCCAAAUCACAGCAUUUCUCUGGGGCUGGGACACCCCCCAACCUCCGGCCGCCCCCAGCCGGGCCGGGGGGGGGUCCCGCCCUUUGAUUUUCAUUUCUAUUUCGCCCCCCGCCCCCCGCCCCCGAGUCUCCGACAGUAACUGGAUGUGGGGGCAACUGGGA